AUGUUUAAAAAUAAAUCCUUAAAAUUAAAUUUGAUCACAAUUUUAAUGUUAUGGGUUAAAUAUUCAUUAGGAAGUCAAAAUGAUUUAUUUUCUGGUAGCAAAAAUUAAGAUAACCUCAAAAUUUCAGAAGAUAACCUCGAAAUUUCAGAAGAUAACCUCAAAAUUUCAGAAGACAACCCCAAAAUUUCAGAAGAUAACCUCAAAAUUUCUGAAGAUAACCUCAAAUUUUUAGAAGAUAACCUUAAAAUUUCAGAAGAUAACCUCAAAAUUUCGGAAGAUAACCUUAAAAUUUCAAGAGAUAACCUCAAAAUUUCAGAAGAUAACCUCAAAAUUUCAGAAGAUAACCCCAAAAUUUCAGAAGAUAACCUCAAAAUUUCUGAAGAUAACCUCAAAUUUUUAGAAGAUAACCUUAAAAUUUCAGAAGAUAACCUCAAAAUUUCGGAAGAUAACCUUAAAAUUUCAGGAGAUAACCUCAAAAUUUCAGAAGAUAACCUCAAAAUUUCAGAAGACAACCCCAAAAUUUCAGAAGAUAACCUCAAAAUUUCUGAAGAUAACCUCAAAUUUUUAGAAGAUAACCUUAAAAUUUCAGAAGAUAACCUCAAAAUUUCGGAAGAUAACCUUAAAAUUUCAAGAGAUAACCUCAAAAUUUCAGAAGAUAACUUCAAAAUUUCAGAAGACAACCCCAAAAUUUCUGAAGAUAACCUCAAAUUUUUAGAAGAUAACCUUAAAAUUUCAAGAGAUAACCUCAAAAUUUCUGAAGAUAACCUCAAAUUUUUAGAAGAUAACCUUAAAAUUUCAGAAGAUAACCUCAAAAUUUCAAAAGAUAACCUCAAAAUUUCAGAUGAUAAUCUCAAAAUUGAAUAG